GGGCGGAGCUGAAGCUUCGUAGCGUCGCUCGGCGUCCAUGGCAGCGUUUUCAGUCGCCGGAAAGAUGAGCACUUCCGCCUUCUCGUCUUCCUUCCGUCGAGGAACCGGCGGGGCUUAGGCCGCGCUCUGCCAGGCCAGGCUUUAGAUUGGGUGCCAUGCGGCGGCUCUGGCCGCCGCCGCCGCCACCACUGACGCUUUUGCUGGCGCUGCUUUGGGCGGCCGCGCUGUGCGGAGGAGGAGCGGCGCCUUCCCCGCUUCCCACCACGAAACUCCCUUCCGCGUUGCCGGAUCCCCCUCUGCCAGCGCUAGGAGUUGGCCCCGACAAUGCGCCCUCGGGCCCGCGGAGCGGCGGCUCUUCUGUCGGCGAGGAAGCGCGGAGCGGCGUCGGCGGCGUGAACGUGAACGGCAGCAUGGCCGCCGCGCCCCCCCGCUCGGAGGUCAACCAGCCCAUGACCCAGCGCGCCCUUUCGGUGCUGGUCCUGGCCAGCGCUGCCCUCAUCGUUUACUUCGUCAUCCGGACCGUCCGACUUAGACGAAGAAACAGGAAGACACGGAAAUACGGUGUUCUGGACACAAACAUAGAAAACACAGAGCUGACACCUUUAGAGCAAGACGAUGAUGAUGAUGAUAACACAUUGUUUGAUGCUAAUCAUCCUCGAAGAUAAGUAUGUGCCUUGUGGGAAAAUAUUUCAAUUGUGGAGCAACAAAAGAAGGCUGGAAGGAACGUGAAGUCAAUAUCAGAGUUGAGGAUAUGAAAUGUAUUAUGACAUCCUUAGUUUGUUGCAAUAAAUACUAAUAUUUUACUGUACCUUUUGUAUAUACAGAAAUACUGUAAGGUCAAAGCCUAUGGAAAUAGCUCACUAAAUUUCUAAUCUAUUUUCAACAGGGUAUUUUCUGCUUAUAUUAAUUUGUGAUCUUUUUUUAAAAAAAUUCUUUUGUGGGCCAACUUUUUUUUAUGUAAACUGUGGUAAUUUAUUUGUUUGAAUUCCUUGCAGCUAGCCAAAUCUAACCAUGUGUCAGAAGGAUGUAUGUUCUUAGUAAAUUAGAUGUAUACUGAAGCUCUGUAUGAAUGAUGUAAAUAAAUGUUUACAGUAUUCCUAACAUU